ACAGAGUGCAGAGUUUAGGAGUGUUACGUACAUACAGAGUGCAGGGUUUAGGAGUGUGUUACGUACAGAGUGCAGGGGUUCAGGAGUGCGUUAUGUACAGAGUGCAGGGUUCGGGAGUGCAUUAUGCACAGAGUGCAGAGUUCAGGAGUGCGUUACGUACAGAGUGCAGGGUUCAGGAGUGCGUUAUGUACAGAGUGCAGGGUUCAGGGGUGCGUUUCGUACAGGGUGCAGGGUUUAAGAGUGCAUUCUAUAUAGAGUGCUGGGUUUAGGAGUGCGUUAUGUACAGAGUGCUGGGUUUAGGAGUGUGUUACAUACAGAGUGCUGGGUUUAGGAGUGCAUUGUACAGU